ACUUCAGCUUCAGGCAGAACAAUAGAAUAGAAUAGAACGCUAGCACCAAGAUACAACCUGCUCCCGCCACUCAGUGAUUAUUUCAACCAUUUCAUCUCCUAGGAUCUAAACAUGAAAAUCGGCCUGAUAGUCUGCAGCCAACGCAAGCCCCGCGCCGGGCUCCAAAUCAGCCAACUCGUCCUGCAGAGCAUCCAGUCGCUACAGACAGCCGACGUCUCGAUCGAACCCAUCGAUCUAGCAGAAUGGCAGCUCCCCCUAUGCGACGAGCCGGGGAUCCCGUCGCAGAUCGGCUCUGCGCGCGAGUACGUCCACGAGCACACGCGGCGCUGGUCUGCGGAGAUCUCGCGCUUCGACGGCUUCGUCUUCGUCACCCCGCAGUAUAACUGGGGGUAUCCUGCUGGCGUGAAGAACGCGAUCGAUUACCUGUUCAACGAGUGGAAGGGGAAGGUGGGCAUGGUGGUCAGCUAUGGGGGCCACGGCGGGGGCAAAGCGGCGGAACAGCUGGUUCAGGUGCUGCGCGGGGUUCGCAUGAAGCCUGUCGAACGCACGGUCGGCUUGACGUUUCCCUCGAGGGAGUUUCUGGCCAGAGCGGCGGCGGGCGAGGAGUUGUCGCUGGAGGGGGUGUGGGAGGGGGAGAUGGAGGAGGUCAAGAGGCUGUUUAUUGAGAUGGUCAACACUACUAAAUAGUCUACUUCGUAUGUACUCUGUAGUACUGAUAGUGGUGACAUGAUGACACCGUUGCACGGCACCCCUGUCUGAUCCCUGCUUAUAUCUUACAUGUAGUAUCAGUGACAUCAAGGUUACUGGAUUGGAUGUGAUUCAUAAGUCAUGCUAGUCAUCAUAAGAACCGAGGUAGGCUCAGUUCAUCAAAACCACGAGAAAUCAAGCAGUCGCCUUCUCCGGAUGUCCGACAGGAAGAACAUCUUCCAGGGUCUCAUCGGUGCCCUGCAACUCAUCUUCGACGGGGAUAUGGUCGCGGAUCUUAUAAAACGCAACCGGGGCGGCGAUGAGCAGACUGCCCGAGAGGAGAGCCCAGUUGCUGGCCCACUCGGACAUGUAGGGCAGCUUGUUGGCGUCGAGGGACCACAU